UUUAUUAAGCAACAACCCUACACGUGUGUCUACAUGUUGAAAGGUAGUCAAACACUGUGAGGAGACACGUAUUUUUAUUCAUAAGAGGACCUGGAAAGUAACCUCAUUAUACUAAGCAGGAAACUCAUUUUUUAACCUGCAAAUUUUUGAUGGUGCAUAAAGCACUUUUAAAGAGCCUGCAAAAGGUAAGUAAGAGUGAAUUUCUUGUAGUAACUUAUACGUGUUCAAAAAGUUUGCACUUGCCCUGUAAGUCCCCUGUAGCUGACUGAAGUGAUAAGCAACGAAAGAAGGGAGUUAUCUUGUUAGCAGUUGCACAAGGGAAGGUGAGCAGCUGCCAAGCUCAGGGUUUGACAGAUUUGAAAUCAUAAGUUAUGAUCAAAAAUGACCUGAGGCUGAAAUGCAAAGUGCUCAAAAUGUGGGAAUUCAGAGCUCAGGCUCCUGUUACCUUAACUCAGUUCCCUUGUGUAUAGUUCUGGGUAUAAUUUUUAGUUAAAUGUUCAUAUUUAAUUAAAUUACAAAACUUCCCACCACAUAUUUGUCUCAUUGGACACAGAAAAUGAUUAUGUUCACUUAUAGAUACUUGGUAUUUUGUGUCCGCUGGUCAUUGUGUGCUCUGGAUUAGCACUUGCAGCCCACGUGGUAGGCCCCAGUGAUGAGGCAUGAGCCUAUCACCACUGAUGCCCAGCUCCCAGAUCCACCAACCCUGCCAGACCUCUGCUACCUCCAAAGCAAAGAGGACAGAGUCGGUAGGAGCAGGUAAGGGGUGAUGGCCCGGCAGGGGAGGAGGGAAACAGCCUGGGAAGGUGCAGAGCAUCAAUCGUUUUCUCACAUACAUUUCAACUGCAAAGUGGUCUGAUCCAUCCCUUCCUCUUCAGCAAUGCGGUUAAGGGAGACUUUCCUUAUUGUUCAUUGCUGGUGACAGCAUCCACCCUCAGUGCUGCCUUUGGGCUGUCAGUGAUUACCGCUACCUUUGCAGGUAGUCCUGCAGAGUCCUGUGUCCUGUGUCACCCGACCCCAGCUGUGCCAUGUUUCUGAGGUGGGAAGAGGGAAAUGUGGCCACCCUGAUGGCAGAAAGGUCUGUAUUCGGUCUCCCUUGCUAAAGGACACAGCAGUCCUUCCCUUUUCCACCAGCAUGCCUCAAGAUCCAUGUGUAUUUCAGCUGCUGUCCUCAUGGCACUCACCUUGCCUCCUGUCUGCUCAAGAGGCUCCACAUAGCAGGGACCAACCUGCUUCCCUGAAUUAUUUAUUUGAAUUAAGGAUGUAUUUAAAGAAGAAUAGCAAUUCUGAGGUUGAUUAGACAUUUUUGGUCUUCAAAUUCAGUUUUUUUUUUUUCCCUCUACAAGAUGCUGCACCUAAUUCUUUAGGUACAGGAGACACCUAGAAAAGCUGUCUUGAUUGGUCAAACAUCUGAAAACAGUAUAGACAAAAAAGAAAUAUCAACAUAUAUGGUAAAAGUUAUGAAAAUAUUAUUGCUACUGAUGCAACAGCAUAAGGAUAUAAGAGGAAUAAGGUUUUAAUCGCUUUCAUUAGGCUAACUUAGAGAGCUGAACAAGUAAGCAAGCUUUCAUCUGCUUGGUUACUUCAGCAACAGCUGAAUGGGUAGGAGAAGUUAAGUGGCAUACCCACAGAAGGAAUAAAUGGAUCAACCGGGAACAAAAACGAAAUGGACUGUUAAAAAAGCAUCACCAAUUUGCAUAUAGAAUUAAAGUAAAAAUGUGCAUUAAAAGGCAAAAUUUGAAUUACCAUCCUGACAAGCAGAAACUUAAAUAAAUUUGCUUUAGCCUGUCAGCUUAAACAAACACAACUCAGCAAAGCCUGGAGUGCUACUGACCCCAUGAGAAACUUGAAAAUGCCAAACAAUUUAAGCACCUGAAAAUAGUCUGCUUGUCUGCCAUAUAUAAAAAAAGAGAAAUGGCUGGUCACAACUGGCAUGUGCCGAGAUGAUUGAAUACAUUUUUCAGAAACAUGAGAACUGUUUCUCUGCAGCUAAGACACCAGAGAGAAAUCAGAUCAGCGCAUAAAGGUAAGCACAGACAAAAAUCAUGAUGAAUAUGAAAUAUCACACCAGAAAAACUCCACUUACAAAAAGAUCACAAAAACUUCCAAGAAGACAAUCUAUCCUGUAUAUGACUCUCUUGUGGAAACUUUUGCAACUGCUUCUGAGGUAUCCCCAUCCAUAUUUCCACACUAGUCUGAAUGAAAGGGAGUAAAAGACCAAAAAAAUUUUAGAAAUCCUUGGAUUCUAAUACCAGACUGAAAAAAAUGAAUGAAUAAUUUCAGUACUAAGGUAGAUACAUCACUUAGAAAAGAAAAGAAAUAAUAUUCAUCCUUUCCUUCCAAACUAGCUUUUAAAUUAAGACAUUCAGAUGUUACACCCAGUAAAACAUUUGUAGCCUUAAUUGCCUCUCAGUGAAGUCAACUUUGUUAAUCUACUCCAUUUAAGAUAUGACCCCAGUGCACUUUGCAUAAAAUUGCUGUCAUUUACACAGGUGUAUACACACUGACGUAAGCCUUUAGAUUUACACAGAUGUCAGAAGAAAUUGGCAGAGUUUUGCUAAUUUUAAACGAUAAAAAAAAAUCAGAUCAGCUUUUGCAGUUGAAUACAGUUGUAAAAAUCUGUAAUAUGCAUGGUGCUCGUGGCACUGCUCCACAGCUCACUAAGGAAACUGAGAAUCUGACACCUUGUGUCCAACUAGAGACUAACUUAUUUGUAUAUUGCUUGAAAGUACUGGACCUAAGACUGCUACAAACAAAAACCUCAAAUUUAUUUUUUUUAAAAAAGUGAUUGACUUAGUUUUCAGUAUUCUCUUCAGUUUUAUAUUCAUUUUUGAAAGAAACUUUAGUAAAGCCUAGUUUCAUAACCCGUUGUCGUCAUCAUCAUCAUCAUCAUCAUCAUUUCACCUACAUAACCACUCUCCCAUUAAUACAGCAUUUUCAUAAUGAAAAUGGAAGCAUUUUUUUAAUUGGGAAAUUUGUAAAACCACAGAAUUCGGCAGGACAACUAAAAUGUGGGUAUCAUAUCUUAAGCCAUUUUUGAACAUUGCUUUGCAGUUAUUACUUUUCAGUUUGGUCAUGUUCUUUUGUAGUUCUUCCAAGUGUGCUUGCUAUACCUCAAGUAAAAAAAUGUGCCAAGAUGAGCUAUUUCUGUUUUGAUGUGGGUCCUAGAUCUACUAGCCAUGCUAACAUAUAUGACUCCUUACAUGAUUGCCACCUAGACUUACAGUACAGCAACAAAUAUGCAGCUUCUAAGCAUCUUACAGGUAAUUUUCAGCUGACUGGCCAACUUCAAAUUAUUUAGGUAACUCAAGAUAUCAGAAGAAAUAAAAGGGAGAGCUUAUUUCAAGAGGGCUGCGCUCAUAUCAAGCUUCUCUUGCUUAAAGGAGGUGACAUAAAUUUCGGUCCAACAGGCUCACUGCUGGAUUUACAUCACUAUGAAUGGGGAAUCAGGCCCAGAUUAACCUAAUACCAGCUUCUGACACAUCUUCAAAAAUUUUAGCAGUAUUUGGUGCUUCUGUGAAAUUAGAAUGUGGUUUGGAAAACCAAGGGGAAGGUGGGAAUCUGAACAAACAUAUCUGAGAAAAAGUUCAAAGUCUAAAGGUUCGUUCCCUUCCCCUCCCAAAAGGCUUUCUAUGUAGCACAGUAGACUGCUCUUCCUGGAUUUAACAGUAGGGGCGUGGGAAGCUCUCAGAUGUCACAGGCUUGUAGAUAACAUUUGAACAUAUGAUUAGCUUUUGUGAGCUGUCUUUAGAAACCUUACAUUUGCUCCCCCCCCACACCUUAGCCAGAGAACCUACGUGCUUUCCUUCCCUUGAGGUUUCGGGCCACUUAAAAUGUUGCUUUGACAAAAAUCAAGGAUGUGGAGAAGUUUUUCCUGUGUGAUGUCACUUGGCUACCCUUUAUAAGCCUCUGCAAAGAAGAAAGGAGCCCAUCUGAAGAUUCAUACUCCAAACGCAGUCAAACCAGGGAAAGAGAGAAGCAAAGAGGAGUAUCAAGUUUCAGGUACAGACUAGCCACUAAGGACAGAGAGCCAUGCCACAGGCCGUUCCCUACAGCUGCUUAGGGUGCAUGCUGCUGGUGCUCUGCAGCCUGAAGGCUACCGCUGCCUUUCCCAACUCCUCUCCACUGCUGAAUCCCAGCUGGGGGAGUGCAGAUCGCCUGAUGCACCUGUACACAGCUACGGAGAGGAACAGCUUCCACCUCCAAAUCAACGCUGAUGGCUACGUUGACGGUGUCCCGCACCAAACCAUUUACAGUGCUCUAAUGAUCAAAUCCGAGGGUGCUAGCUAUGUAAUAAUCACUGGAGUGAAGAGUGGACGCUACCUAUGCAUGGACAUGAAAGGAAACAUUUUUGGAUCGCAUUACUUCAGCCAAGAAGACUGCGUGUUCAAACACAGAACCCUGGAAAAUGGAUACGAUGUGUACCAGUCUCCUAAAUACAACUUCCUGGUUAGCUUAGGCAGAGUUAAACAAGCUUUCUUCCCUGGUAUGAAUCCACCACCAUAUUCCCAGUUCCUGUCCAGGAGAAAUGAAAUUCCUUUAUUCCGAUUCAACACACCUGAGCCCCACAGAAACACUAGAAGUGCAGAUGUCGAUCCAAUGGAUCCUCACCAGAUCCUGGUGCCCCAGAGAAAGGUCUCCGCAUUAGGAUCCCAGCUGCAGCUGCAAGCAGACUUUUCCCACGUGCCCAGAGAACCCAUGAGAAUCAAUCAGAAUGAUGUGGUCAACCCAGAUGACCCACACGCUAUGAUGGAUGCCAGGAGGCAUGUGAGCCCUCGCUUCUAUAUUACAAGAUAAUGGGGCCACACCACUUGCAAAUUGAAAUAAUGGAUGAAUGUGAUAGAUGAGAAGAACUGGCUAGCAUACUUGAUUCAAUUUCCAACUUUCAGAAUGGCUACUAGAAACCUGAAAGACAAUGGAAAAAAACCUGAAUUUCAAAUCGCACCCUUAGAGAUGACAGUUCACUGAAAAAAACAAAUCAUAUAUUUUCCAGGUGGGGCUCUACGCUAUUGGAAAAAAGAAAUAUCUGCAAAAAGAAUAAUACAAACCAAACUUUUGGGGGUUUGAAUCACCUUUAGUUUGCGUCAGUGGACAGAACUCACUUGAAUGAAAAAUAAGAAACAAAUGUUACAUUACUGGUGUAGCUGGAAAGAGACUUGGGCUCUGCAGCCUUCAUUCCAGUAGA